CAGGCUGGGGCCCGAGAAAGACUUCUCCCACUGGCCGAAGCAGCCUCUCCAGCCCCCAACCCUCCGCCCUCGAGGGAAACUCCUCUACUUCCUCCCCUUCUUUAAAGGAUGUGCCAAAAUAAGCAGCUAUGGGCCAGACGAUGAACACCUUUUCCACUGGUUGAUAGCAGUGGCUCACACAGCUCUGAAGAACACUAAGAAGCAGCCUGGAGGGGAACGCUCAGUAGAACCACCAUGGACACCGUUAAGAUAGCCUUACUCAUCUUCCUUCUAACCUCGCUCCAGCUCCUCACAACAGAUGCUUCUUUUGUUACCACACAAAAAUCAGCAGAACAUUCAACUACAGGCAAACCAUCAGAAACUACGACUGUUCCUCUUUCCACUGUAAAGAACCUUGGUGCAAAUGUUACUGCAACCAGCGUUACUGCAACCAGCGUUACUGCAACCAGCGUUACUGCAACCAACGUUACUGCAACCAACGUUACUGCAACCAACGUUACUGCAACCAACGUUACUGCAACCAACGUUACUGCAACCAGCGUUACUGCAACCAGUGUGACCCCAACCAAGAAUUCUACCUGGAAUUCUACCACAGCGCUUGCUACAUCAACAGUAACAGAAAAUACAAAAAUGUCAUCCUCACCCCAAGUCCCAGUGAAUUCCGCAUCUCCAUAUACUAAGGAUGAUGAAACACAAGGGACCCAGGCCCCAACAACUGUUACCAAGAGUGACAUUUCUCACCUUACCAAAAAGCUCUCAGGUUCAGAGGAUGAAAAUACAGAUCAAGAUAAAGUCAAGGACAAUAAGAAUACGGAUCAUGUCGAUAAGAACCUGCUGUGGAUUCUUUUGCCAGUCCUGGCACUUGUGGGGGCUGCUGUCGUGGUCCUUCUGAAAAGUAAAUGCAUGAAGGACCACGAUCACACAGAGAUAACUGAUAAUGGAACAGAAAAUGCCUCUUUCCAGAGCAGGCCAGACAACGCCAAAGACGGUGUCAUGCUUCUCGGGGUGAAGUCUUCAGGCGGUGAAGACAAUGCUGCUGCAAGAUAAAAGGGAGGCCAUCCCAUUUGAAAGGACCAAUGAAUGAGGACGAGCUCUUACAACCAAAAAAUGGUCCAGAUCCCUUCACCUUCAACGAUCUAAACCUUAUGGACUAUCAAAUACAGCGUCACAGAAUCACAAAAGUUCCUAAAGUGGGAACAUUUGUAUAUGGUUUGUGAGUAUUGUAGGAUAUGGGGCUCUUAACUGAACACAUGUCUGUUAGAAGGUAUAGCAUGUUUUAUUAUGUACUUCAUUGUUUUGUGUAUUCCUAUUUUGAUGGUAAUUUAGUCAAGAAGGAAUUGUGAUUUUAAUUUAAUCAAGACCAACAUACAGACAUUUUAGGCAGGAAAUCGAUGCUGGAUUCUGAAUUAACAUGAAUAAAUUAACCCAAAUUCUCA